AUGCUUGUCGUAGCUGAGUUGAAACCUCCGGACAAAGACGAGUCCUUGCCACCAGCAGCACGAACAUCAGCGAAAAUCUCCAAAAAAGAAGAGUACAAAGAAGCUUUCAUGGAAGAAAUUGGAAGUGAAGACUGCCGUUCGGAAUCUGCACGCUUCACGUGCCAUGUUCAUUGGAUACGCCAUUUUUUCACAACUAUCGUGAUGCGACGCGCUGCCUUGUGA